GCCUUUGGCCCUUAAUCUAGGGUUAGGGUUUCAAACCCCCUUUCUCUGAUUCUAUGCUCGAGCCAAAAUUGAUCUAUGGAAAUGCAGUUCAUGUCGGAUUAUCCACAUUCUCAUAUGGAUCGGAGACCAAAUAAGCGGCCCAGAUUAGCUUGGGACCCAUCUCAUACCCCGAAGGCCCAAUCAGGAAUAUAUUAUGGGCAAGAGGUUGGCAAUGUGUCAAGCUUUGGGCAUUCAAGGGUACCCCAAGACCAUGGUAAUCUAUAUGUAAAGGAAGUGGCUCAAAGAGGAUCUCCCCCGUGGCGAGAUGAUGAUAAAGAUGGACAUUACAUGUUUGAGCUUGGAGAGAAUUUAACUACUCGCUAUAAGAUUCUAAGAAAGAUAGGAGAAGGUACAUUUGGUCAAGUGCUAGAAUGUUGGGAUAGGGAAGCCAGGGAGAUGGUUGCAAUUAAAAUCGUUCGAAGCAUCAAGAAAUAUCGUGAAGCAGCGAUGAUAGAAAUUGAUGUGCUCCAGUUGCUUGGGCGAUAUGACAGGAGUGGCGGCCGUUGUGUCCAAUUACGGAACUGGUUUGACUAUCGUAACCAUGUUUGUUUAGUGUUUGAGAAGCUUGGGCCAAGCUUAUUCGAUUUUCUACGCAAAAACCAUUACCGCUCUUUCCCGGUUGACCUAGUCCGUGAGAUUGGCAGACAACUAUUGGAAUGUGUAGCAUUUAUGCAUGAUAUGCGUCUCAUUCAUACUGACUUGAAGCCGGAGAACAUUCUCUUUGUCUCUCCUGAAUACAUCAAAGUACCUGACUACAAGUAUUUGCAGGUUGCGCCAUGGUCAUCAAGAGAUGGGUCGGUCUAUAAGAGGUUGCCGAAGUCAAGUGCUAUUAAGGUCAUUGACUUUGGUAGCACUGCAUAUGAGCGCCAGGAUCAUAACUAUAUUGUCUCUACUAGACACUAUCGUGCACCUGAGGUUAUUCUUGGUCUAGGUUGGAGUUAUCCUUGUGACAUUUGGAGUGCUGGUUGUAUCUUGGUGGAGUUAUGCUCGGGUGAAGCUUUGUUUCAAACACAUGAGAAUUUGGAGCACCUGGCCAUGAUGGAGAGAGUACUUGGGCCUCUGCCACAAAACAUGUUGAAAAGAGUGGACCGACAUGCUGAGAAAUUUGUACGAAGAGGUAGACUUGACUGGCCUGAAGGUGCAACCUCCAGGGAAAGUAUCAAGGCUGUCAUGAAGCUGCCACGCCUUCAGAAUUUAGUGAUGCAGCAUGUGGAUCAUUCAGCUGGGGAUCUCAUUGACCUCCUGCAAGGGCUCCUCAAGUAUGAGCCUUCACAAAGGAUGACGGCUCAUGAAGCUCUGAGGCACCCCUUCUUUACUAGAGAUCAAUUCCGAAGAUCUUAGAAGUGGAAGAGACCAUUCAAAUUGUGAGCAAUUUGUACUUCGAAUAUGGUUUCGAUUUGCGACUGAAUCCGUGAUAUAGUAAAUAAUCCGUUGCAAUAUAUUGAGAUCUUUGCUCGUACUAUGAUAUUCAUAUUGGAUAUUCUUCAUCUUGUAAAAUGUUCUUGGUCAAUUUUUUGUCAGUACACAAAAGAGAAACCUUCAGAGAAUUGAAGUGGUAAUUAUGGAGAUUUUAAUGGCUU